AUGGCAAGUGGAAGGGGGAGCACAGACCUUCCUCUUGGAGUCACCUGUAUGGAGAAGACCACUGAUCAUCAUGUCUUUCUGGGCACUGCAGACUGUAGGGUGGAUUUCCUGGAUUCUCCUGAUAACCUCCUCCUCACCGAGGGACAGAAAUUGGACCCUGCCAUACUCUGGUUACAUGAAAAAGCACUUCCUAAUGGUUUAAGUUGUUUAAAUAAGAAGUGGACCACAGAGGGAGGAAGUGAAAUCUUUGGUGCUGGAAGUGUUAUAGGGGACGUUGCUCAACAAAUUGGAAGGGAUAUUUGGGGUGGAAUUCAAACACUGAGACCAGAAGAAGCAGACUACAGUGCCUUUGGUACAGACACACUAAUAAAGAAGAAGAAUGUUUUAACCAAUGUGUUGCUUCCUGACAACCAUAGAAAAAAGCCACACAUAGUCAUUAGUAUGCCCCAGGACUUCAGACCUGUGUCUUCUAUUAUAGACGUGGAUAUUCUCCCAGAAACACAUCGUAGGGUCCAUCUUUACAAAUAUGGCACUGAGAAACUCCUAGGGUUCUACAUCCAGGACGGCUCCAGUGUCAUGGUGACACCCCAUGGCUUAGAGAAGGUGCCAGGGAUCUUUAUAUCCAGACUUGUGCCAGGAGGUCUGGCUCAAAGCACAGGACUAUUAGCCGUUAAUGAUGAAGUUUUAGAAGUUAAUGGCAUAGAAGUUUCCGGGAAGAGUCUAGAUCAAGCAACUGAAAUGAGGAUUGCAAACAGCCACAAUCUCAUCAUCACAGUGAGACCAGCAAACCAGAGGAAUAACGUCAUUAGGACCAGUCGGACAUCCGACAGCUCUGGCCAGUCUACUGACAACAGCCUUCCUGGCUAUCCACAGCAGAUGGAACCGAUUUUUGAGCCAGAGGAUGAAGACAGCGAUGAAGAUGACAUUAUUACUGAAGACAAUGGUGUGCCACAGCAGAUCCCUAAGGCUGUUCGUAACACCGAGAGCCUGGAAUCAUUAACACAAAUAGAACUCAGUUUUGAAUCUGGACAGAACGGUUUUAUUCCUUCUAAUGAAGUGAGCUUAGCACCCUUAGCAAGUGGCACAAAUACAGAAUUUGAAACGCGUGCUCCAGAUCAAAAACUCUUAGAAGAAGAUGGAGCAAUCAUAACACUAUGA